GACGUAAAAAUAUCAUUGGAGUGACUUGGAUGUUCAGUUUCUUUCAUUUAAUAAAAGAAAGUGAUUUUCACUCCGUAUUUUGCGUAAGGACAAUCCGUAGUGUUUGUUUUAUAAUUGGAUUAUGAUAUACUGACACGUCCGUCCAUUUAUACAUCGAUAUAUCUGACCAAAAACGUGAAUUCGGGCGUCGACCGGUCCAUCCCUCCUACCCGAAACCGUUGCUGCUGUCAUUCGUGUCAGUGGCAGUCGUCAUUUUAUACGUGUCGUGCCGCCGAGAUACACGGUUAAAGAGCCGGUCGGUUUCAACAACGUGUUGUGUGUAGUGUCGGUCUUUGCGACCGUUUAAUGUGGUAUACAGUGCCGGUGUUAGGUUAUCGUAAGGGUCGCGCGGCGUGAUUGGGCGCGAUGGUGGAUAUGGAUAGGAACGACCCAGAACUCCGUUACCUGUCGGUGGAUCGGAACAGUUUCAAUGAUCCGGCGACGCAGGCGGAGUGGACUCAAAAGCGUUUGGUGUGGGUUCCGCAUGAGACCCAGGGGUUCGUGGCUGCGGGGAUCAAAGGCGAACGCGGAGAUGAAGUGGAAGUCGAGAUCGCGGAGUCCGGGAAGCGGAUGCUGGUACAGAUUGAUGAUAUACAGAAGAUGAAUCCGCCAAAGUUCGACAAGGUUGAGGAUAUGGCGGAGCUGACCUGCCUGAACGAGGCGUCAGUGCUGCAUAACAUCAAGGAUCGAUAUUAUUCUGGACUCAUUUAUACGUACUCGGGGCUCUUCUGCGUGGUGGUCAACCCGUACAAGAAGCUGCCGAUCUACACGGAGAAGAUUAUGGAGAGGUACAAAGGGAUCAAGAGGCACGAGGUGCCGCCCCACGUGUUCGCCAUCACAGACACCGCGUACCGCUCUAUGCUUCAAGAUCGCGAGGACCAGUCGAUCUUAUGUACAGGAGAGUCGGGAGCCGGUAAGACAGAGAACACAAAAAAGGUCAUACAGUACCUCGCGUACGUUGCCGCCUCUAAACCCAAAGGAUCCGGAGCGGGGCCGACGCCACAGUUGAUAAUAGGAGAAUUAGAACAACAGUUGCUGCAAGCCAACCCCAUAUUGGAAGCUUUUGGCAACGCCAAAACCGUGAAAAACGACAACUCGUCACGUUUUGGUAAAUUCAUAAGAAUAAACUUCGACGCGUCCGGUUUUAUAGCAGGUGCCAAUAUAGAAACAUAUUUAUUAGAAAAAUCAAGAGCUAUAAGACAAGCGAAGGACGAGAGAACAUUCCACAUCUUCUACCAGCUCCUGGCUGGAGCCACACCGCAACAAAGAGCAGAAUAUAUAUUGGAAGACCCGAAGAGCUACUUUUUCCUGAUAAAUGGGGCUUUACCUGUACCGGGAAUCGAUGAUGCCGCAGAGUUCCAGGCCACGAUCAAAUCGAUGAAUAUCAUGGGCAUGAACCAAGAAGACUUCAAUUCGAUAUUCAAAAUUGUGUCCGCUGUAUUAUUGUUCGGUUCGAUGCAGUUUAAGCAAGAAAGAAAUUCGGACCAGGCCACCCUUCCAGACAACACAGUCGCUCAAAAGAUCGCACAUUUGCUUGGUCUUUCCGUCACAGAUAUGACAAAAGCUUUCUUGAAGCCAAGAAUUAAAGUAGGUCGCGAUUUCGUCACGAAAGCGCAAACGAAAGAACAAGUCGAGUUUUCAGUUGAAGCGAUUAGUAAGGCCUGUUACGAAAGGCUUUUCAGAUGGCUUGUUAACAGAAUUAACAGGUCACUAGACAGAACCAAGAGACAAGGUGCUUCAUUCAUCGGCAUACUCGAUAUGGCCGGUUUUGAAAUUUUCGAGCUGAACUCUUUCGAACAGUUGUGCAUCAAUUACACAAACGAAAAACUUCAACAGCUUUUCAAUCACACUAUGUUCAUUCUGGAACAAGAAGAGUACCAGAGGGAAGGCAUCGAAUGGAAAUUCAUCGAUUUCGGUCUCGACUUGCAACCGACAAUCGAUUUAAUUGACAAGCCUAUGGGAAUAAUGGCUUUGCUCGACGAAGAAUGUUGGUUCCCGAAAGCAACGGACAAGACAUUCGUGGAAAAGCUUGUGUCAGCCCAUUCGGUACAUCCCAAAUUCAUGAAGACAGACUUCCGUGGAAUAGCGGACUUUGCUAUUAUCCACUACGCCGGUAAAGUCGAUUACUCCGCCGCUCAGUGGCUGAUGAAGAACAUGGAUCCAUUGAACGAGAACGUUGUCUCACUUCUGCAGUCAUCACAAGAUCCUUUCGUGUGCCACAUAUGGAAGGACGCAGAAAUAGUCGGCAUGGCACAACAGGCGAUGACCGACACACAAUUCGGUGCUAGAACGAGGAAGGGUAUGUUCAGGACAGUUUCACAGUUGUACAAGGAACAGCUGACGAAACUUAUGGCCACCCUACGCAAUACGAAUCCUAACUUCGUCAGGUGCAUCAUUCCAAAUCACGAGAAGAAAGCUGGCAAGAUUGAAGCGCCUCUGGUCCUCGACCAGCUCAGGUGCAACGGUGUGUUGGAAGGCAUCAGGAUAUGCAGACAGGGUUUCCCCAACAGAAUACCGUUCCAAGAGUUCAGGCAGCGAUACGAAUUAUUAACGCCGAACAUAAUUCCAAAGGGUUUCAUGGAUGGCAAGAAGGCAUGCGAGCGCAUGAUCGAAGCUUUAGAACUGGACCACAAUCUGUAUCGCGUCGGUCAGUCGAAGAUAUUCUUCAGGGCUGGAGUGCUCGCCCACCUCGAAGAAGAGAGGGACUACAAGAUCACAGACUUGAUAGUAAACUUCCAAGCAUUCUGCAGAGGUUAUUUAGCGAGGAGAAAUUACCAGAAGCGAUUGCAACAGCUGAACGCCAUCCGAAUUAUACAGAGAAAUUGCGCCGCGUAUCUCAAGUUGAGGAAUUGGCAAUGGUGGAGAUUGUAUAUUAAGGUGAAACCGCUCCUCGAAGUAACGAAGCAAGAGGAGAAGUUGACCCAGAAGGAGGAUGAGCUGCGGCAGAUCCGCGACAAGCUGGACUCGCAGAUGAAGCGGUGCCAGGAGUUCGAGGCCAAGUACCAGCAGGCCAGCGCUGAGAAGACGCAACUUGCAGAACAGCUGCAGGCGGAGUUGGAGCUCUGCGCGGAGGCGGAGGAGAGCCGAGCCCGCGCGGCGGCGCGCAAACAGGAGCUGGAGGAGCUGCUGCACGACCUGGAGGGGCGCAUCGAGGAGGAGGAGGAGCGCAGCAACGCGCUGCAGCAGGAGAAGAAGCGGCUCCAGCUGAACAUACAGGAUCUAGAGGAACAGCUGGAGGAAGAAGAAGCAGCUCGCCAGAAGCUGCAGCUGGAGCGUGUACAGUGCGACUCCAAGCUCAAGAAGCUGGAGGAGGACCUCGCCCUCACAGAGGAUACCAACCAGAAGCUCACCAAGGAGAAGAAGAUACUCGAAGAGCGCGCAAACGACCUCUCCCAAGCGUUGGCCGAGGAGGAGGAGAAGGCGAAACAUUUGAGCAAACUCAAGACGAAACAGGAGUCCGCCAUCGCCGAGUUAGAAGAGAAGCUCCUUAAGGAUCAUCAAAUGAGGCAAGAAGUGGAGAGGGCCAAGCGAAAGAUCGAGACAGAGUUGCAAGACGUUAGAGAACAGCUCGUUGAGAAGAAGGCGCAGAUUGAAGAAUUGCAGAUUGUACUGACGAAACGCGAGGAGGAGCUAGCGGCAGCGAUAAGCCGCGUGGACGAGGAGAGCGCGCUGCGGGCGAGCGCGCAGAAGGCGGCGCGCGAGGCGGAGGCGGCGCUGGCGGAGGCGCACGACGACCUGGAGGCCGAGCGCAACGCGCGCACCAAGGCCGAGAAGCUGCGCCGGGACCUCAACGAGGAGCUCGAGGCGCUCAAGAGCGAGCUGCUCGACUCGCUCGACACCACGGCCGCACAACAGGAGCUCCGCUCGAAGCGGGAGCAGGAGGUGGCGGUGCUGAAGCGCAGCCUGGAGGAGGAGGCGGCGUCGCACGAGGCGUCGCUCGCGGACCAGCGGCACAAGCACUCGCAGGAGCUGCAGCUGCUCAACGAGCAGCACGAGCAGCUCAAGAAGACCAGAGCCGCGCUGGAGAAGGCGAAGGCGACACUGGAGGCGGAGAACGCGGACCUGGCGACGGAGCUGAAGAGCGCGAGCGCGGCGCGCGCGGACGGCGAGCGGCGCCGCAAGCAGGCCGAGGCGCAGCUGCAGGACCUCGCCGCCAAGCUGCAGGACGUCGAGCGGGCCAGGUCGGAGGUGUCGGAGAAGUGCGUGCGACUGCAGAGCGAGGCGGAGCAGGCGUUGCAGCAGCUGGAGCAGGCGGAGCUGAAGGCAUCGGCGGCCGCCAAGCACGCCGCCACCGCCACCGCGCAGCACGCUGAGGCGCAGGCAUUGCUAGAAGAGGAAACAAAACAGAAGUUAGCGCUACAGACUCGGUUGCGCAACGUUGAGCAGCAGUUGGAGCAGGCGCGAGACCAGCUCGAGGAGGAAGAGGAGGCCAAGAGGAACUUGGAGAAGCAGGUGACGGCGCUGACGCAGCAGGUGGCGGACGCGAAGAAGAAGGCGGAGGAGGAGGCGGAGGCGGCCGCCGCGCUCGAGGAGCAGCGCAAGAAGCUCGCCAAGGACGCCGAGGCGCUGCACCGCCAGCUCGACGAGCUGCGCCAGGCCAACGAUAAGCUGGACAAGAGUAAAAAGAAGAUACAGGCAGAGCUGGAAGACACGAACAUCGAGUUGGAAGCGCAGCGCGCCAAGGUGAUGGAGCUGGAGAAGAAACAGAAGAGUUUCGAUAAGGUGGUAGCCGAAGAGAGGAGCGUAGCGGAGCGGUACGCGGCGGAGCGGGACGCGGCCGAGCGGGACGCGCGGGACAAGGAGACGCGCGUGCUCAGCCUCACGAGGGAGCUGGACGAUGCCGCCGAAAAGAUCGAAGAGCUGGAGCGGUCGAAGCGGCUGCUGCAGUCGGAGCUGGACGAGCUGGCGAACACGCAGGGCACGGCCGACAAGAACGUGCACGAGCUGGAGAAGGCAAAGCGCGCGCUCGAGUCGCAGCUGGCCGAGCUGCGCGCGCAGAACGAGGAGAUCGAGGACGACCUGCAGCUCACCGAGGACGCCAAGCUGCGCCUCGAGGUCAACAUGCAGGCCAUGCGCGCGCAGUUCGAGCGCGACCUGCAGGCCAAGGAGGAGCAAGGCGAGGAGAAGCGGCGCGGCAUCGUGAAGCAGCUGCGCGACGUGGAGGCCGAGCUGGAGGAGGAGCGCAAGCAGCGCNNNNACGCGGUGAAGCAGGCGAAGAAGCUGACGGCGCAGCUGAAGGAGGCGCAGGCGCUGCACCUCGCCAACAAGGUGAAAGAGGACGCGGUGAAGCAGGCGAAGAAGCUGACGGCGCAGCUGAAGGAGGCGGUGCGCGAGGCGGAGGAGGCGCGCGCGGGGCGCGAGGAGGCGGCGGGCGCGGCGCGCGAGGCGGAGCGCCGCGUCAAGGCGCUGGAGGCCGAGGCGCUGCAGCACGCCGAGGAGCUGGCCGCCGCCGAGCGCGCGCGCCGCCACGCCGAGUGCGAGCGGGACGACCGCGACGACGAGCUCACCGCCGCCGCCGCCAAGGUCACGCUUCUAGUGGACGAGAAGAAGCGUCUGGAAGCCAGGAUAGCGGCGCUGGAGGAGGAUCUGGAUGAGGAGCAGUCGAACAACGAGAUACUCAACGACAGACUUAGAAAGUCACAGAAUCAAAUCGAACAGCUGACUAUGGAGCUGGGCACGGAGAAGGCGGCCACGCAGAAGCUGGAGAGCGGCAAGCUGGUGCUGGAGCGACAGAACAAGGAGCUCAAGGCGAAACUCGCCGAGCUGGAGACGGCCGGACGCGCCAAGACCAAGGGCGUGAUCACGUCGUUGGAGCUGAAGGUGGCCAACCUGGAAGAGCAGCUGGAGGCUGAGAGCCGUGAGCGGCUCGCGCAGCAGAAGGCCUCGCGCAAGCUGGAUAAGAAGAUGAAGGAGCUCGUGCUGCAGCUCGACGAGGAGCGCCGCCACGCCGACCAAUACAAGGAGCAGAUCGAGAAGAUGAACAACCGCGUGAAGGCGCUGAAGCGGCAGCUGGACGAGUCGGAGGAGGAGGUGCAGCGCGAGAAGGUCGGCAAGCGGAAGGCGCAGCGCGAGCUGGAGGACCUGCUCGAGACGCACGAGACGCUCGCGCGCGAGUGCUCCAACCUGCGCAACAAGCUGCGAAGGCAAGGCGGCGCGAUCGGGCUGUCGGGCGCGUCGUCGUCGUCGCGCGUGAAGCGGUCGUCGCUGGCGCCGGGACACGCGUCCGGCGACGAGUCGUUCGACGACGUCAACGACACCGCCAACAGCCUGGAGUGAGCGGCGCGGUGGGACACUGGCGAGCGACUGCGCUGCGACUAUCCGGCGACUUUUCUUUUUGUUGCGACUUUUUUUUUUGCCGUGGUAUUUUUUGAGCGGGGGACGGUUUUCGUUGUUGUUGUUUGGUGGUACAGUUCAGAGAAAUUGUUUGGUGUUUAAAAGUUGCGAGAGUUUUCGGUAUGAAAAAUGAGAUUAUUGUCCCCCGCUCAAAGGUUAUUUGAAGAAAAAUUCACAUUUGUAUUGUUUUGCAUAUAAUAAAUAAUGUUUUAUGGCGGUUGACCGUCUUUAUUGUACUGUUUAGCUGUUCCAGCGUAUAGUGGCGUAACAUCUGUUUCCUUGUAAUUGUCGCAUAAUCAUUUACAAUAAAAAAAUUGUCUCGAAAAUUUCCUUUGUUUUGUUACGCCAUUAUAUUUGUUGUAAUCAAAAUUGAUAUUAAAUUAAUUUAAGUCGAUUCAAAUUGUCACUUUUUUACACUAGUAACGUUGUGUUAUAAACGCAGACAAGAAAUUACGUGAAAUUUAUUUAUUUUUUAUUUAAUCAGUUGCUCGCCUUGUCGUAUUGUAAACUUAAUAUUAAUAUUAUAUCGAGAAUGUGAGGAUAAUCGCUAUUUACGAUUGAAAUUGCCCCCAUAACUAACCUCGAUCGUUUGUGAACUAUUAAAUGUAAUAGUUUGAGACAAGCGAAAGCAAAAUGUAUAAUCGAUAUAUAUUUAUAUUUUAAUGUAACAAGCAAUAGCAAUUGUAUAUACGUGAUAUUUGAAAUUUUGUACGCCUCAAAAUGAAUUUCUUGCUGAUUUGAUCGUGGACUGGUGCUCAAUUUUUAACACUAAAAACCUCAAUACAUUGUGGUAUAGACAAUUCAGGGUUGCCAUAGAUGAAAUUGUUUAUCAAUCUGUUUAUUUUUUAUAAUCUGGUUUUUUUUUUUUGUAAUUGUAAGGUUUUUGAAAAUACACGUUUCAGUCAGUUCAAAUUGGUUCACCCAUACCAGUAUUAGUAUCGAAACAUUCCUAAAGUAUCGAGUUUUCACGUUGCGACUUGGUCGGACGAUGUUAAUUGGUAAUUCAUUCUAUGCGUGAUAUUAUGCGGUGGUGCUGGCGAAAGAAAUAAAUAAAUAACAGCACAGCGUUCGUAAAAAGGCGCUUUUCAUUUCUUUUUAAUAGUCUGUGCAAAUCAUGUGUUACGACUUUCGCGGCGCCAUCGCGUGUUUAUUUUUUUUUUAUAAUAAAAAUUCGAUUGUAAAAGUAUUAAUUACGUGGCAAAUGUUUUUCGGUGUUGCAUUUAUCGCAAUUGAGGUGAAGACUGGUGUUGCGACAAUAUUUUUAUUCAUCUGACAUUUUGAUUCGAUCGUGCCCCGUUGGAGGUGGCUCUGAGCCGGCCGGUUGCGCUCCUCCUGUAUAUAAGUGUCGAGUGUUCCACUGAGCGCUUAGUUGCCAUAAAAUUUUUAAAGCUAGUUGUAAGGAGUCAACGGACGCGUCGGCGAAUGCAUCGUUUUUUUUUUAUUUGUACUUACUAGGGAAUAACCGUUGGACUGUCGGUCGCUGACGCGUCCGCGGCGGGUUUUUAAAUUUUUUCUUAGCUGGCAUCAUCGGUCGUGUAUUUGAAUAAUCGAUGGUGUGCGUUCCUAAGCCGAUGGCGGUCGAAGUGUUGUCUAUGGGAAUUUUGAUGAAUUUAAAUUUGGAACGGCUUCAAUGGCGCCAUCGGUUGAGGAAACGGUGAACUUUUAUACAUGUGGUAUUAUCACUUACAAGUGUGCGCUAGGACCGCUUGCUUUAUUUAGACUUAGAUAAGACUUAGUUUACAUCGUGGCCUUAGGUUCUUUAUGUGGACGCGCCCUUACCGUCACAGACGGACACUAACCACUAUUUUAUAACGAAAACAACUUGUAUCUUCGCAUUUUAUACGUUAUUGUACCCCGAGUCUUAAUUUUAAUGACUUCUUCUUUUUUUAUAAAGUUUUUUUCUGAAUAAUAAUAUAAAUUUAAAUGUAAGUAAACCAUUGAAGCAUAAACAUAUUUUACAUAAAUAUUAUAUUUAAUUAUUAACAAUAUUGAUAAUUGUAAAAUUGGCCAUAGGUUGUAACAAGUUAUCAGUUGGUAUGCCAAUUAAACAAUUUUUCAUGAUUUUUAAUA